UUGCUUGCAACACAAACAUCUUCAUGUGUCACUCAAUGCACAUCACACAUGAAUGAAUCAAUGAAUUGGGUCCAUCUAGCUGUACACACAGCAUUCCAUUCCAUUCCAUUCGAUCUACCACGGCAGAAAUCACAGCACCAUGCACUACCUAAUCGCCGCAUCAUGCAGGCCCUCCCCCCUCCCUCCCUCUAGCCCUCCAUCACUCGACACUGUCCUCUGACAUCGUCUCCCAAUCACUACCACGGGCAUCGCUGUCAGCUGAGCCCACGUCCGUGUCGGUGUCACCUCCGUCCGCCGCCAGCAGAAACAGUAAACCUCUCGACUGGACCAACAUCACACAGACAACAUCCAUCAGUCGCGACAACAGCCGUGCAUUUGGAAAGACAUAUCACGCAGACACACCCGAAUUCGUAUGCCUCCGUCGGCAUGGUGGGCCAGCUGCGAAAUUCUCCUCUGUCCGUCAGCCUGCACACACAAGAGGCCGACAAGCAGAUGUUUGUUUUCGGCUCUCUCUAUCGCCUGUGUGUGGCUCACCUGUUGUAUGAGAUUGCGGUAGGGGUUCUGUGGGAGGCCGUCGCGCACCUGCACCUGGUGACCCACACUGCAUAAAACAAAAAACCACCAACACACGGGGAGGAUGCCUUAUGUGAUGGUAUGGCUGUGUGCAUCUUCGGUGUUGUGACAGAAAGGGUACUCUAGCAACUUGUUGAUUGCCACGAGUGCCCCAUUGAGUAUGACGACCUGAGCGCCGUCCACGAGCAGAUCACACAGCGGCCCGACGCAACCGCACCCAACCAAAUACUCAACCUGAACAGCAAUAACGACACGACAGCAGUGCAGGAUGCUGUCAGGUGCUCUUGUGUACCUGCGCCUGCGAUCCGCGUCCCACCCCGUGCAUGACGGCCCACAGCGCCACUUGCUUGACGCUCGGCACAUCAGUAGUGGCUAUGAAGACCAGCUGCGGCACCAUGCCUGAGUCGAUGACCGCCUGCCGCUGAUCACGCGUACCUAAGCAGACGAAGAGAGGCCAUCGUCCCCAAUGUGUCUGUUUGUGUGCGUCUUCCUGGCCUCAAACACUCACCUCCCAUGAUGUUGAAGAUGGCAAAACAGGCCUCCUUGCGAAUAUCCUCGUUGGGUGACGACAGCGACGCCUUCAAUGCAGCAAUGGCGCCACACUCGAUGACCACCUGUGUCUGCUCAUGAGUGCCUGAGAGCCCACUCACAGACACACACCACCAAGGCAGCCAUGGUUAAGUCGUUCUCAUGUCUCUUCCCCAGCCCUCCGUGUAUCUAUGUACCCCUCGUGAUGCCGCCGACAGUCCUCAGUGCAUGCCUCUGGACCUUAUGGCUGUCAUGUCUCAUCAGCUCCACCAAUCGGCCGCACACACCACUGUCCACCACCGCUCCGAUGCGCUCGUCGCCUCCCUCCUGUGUGAAGUAUGACAGCAUCCUGCACCACCCUCUGAGCACUUCGGUGUCCUGGUCAGGCGUCUUGAUGAGCUCUGCCACCACCGGCACCGCUGGCGACACCAACUCGAAGGGCGGCUGGGGAUUCUGGCUGAGGUUCGAGAGUGCCCAGGUGGCGGUGCGCAGCAUCCACAUAUCCUUGCUGUCAUGCAGCACCUUGAGCAGUGGCUCCAUGACUCCCGCGGCCAACACCAAGUCGCGGGGAAACGGCCCAUGGCCCGCAAUGUUAGCCAGCGCCCACGCCGCUUCAUACUGCAGGUGAGGGCGAGCCGGAUCGGUGAGAACGGCCACCAGUGGCUGAAUGACACCCGCGUCGAUGAUGCCCGGCAUGGCGGGCCCCCAUUGGAUGCACAUCAGCAAGCGAAGGGCCAUGGCGGCGAUGAGCUGGAUGGAUGGAUCUCCUUUGCAGAUGCCGCUCGAUAUGACGCCCAGCAGAGAUGUCUUGCUGACUCCCAGCCGUCCCUUGUGUGUCUUGAUGGCGAUGGUGCAGAUGGCGCAAGCCGCCUGGACACGCACAUCGAGAUGCGGGGACGAGAGCUGCUGCUGGAGUGCGGGCACGACACCAGCCUCAAUGACGACGUCAGCCUCAGCCGCAGCCAUGGCAGCCAGGCAUUUGGCGGCCUCGAUGGCCGUCGAACGCCAGCAGCUCUUGAGAAGUCUGACCAGCACCGCCGCGAUCAGUGUGGCGUCGAUGGCCGCUCGGCUCUCCUUCUUGCCUUUCGCCAGGAUCAGUCGUCGGUGCAGCUCGCGGAGGGCAUUGACCUUGCUGAGGGAAAAGGGGCUCGAAAGGCGCUUGAUGAGUUGAGGAAUGGUCAGCUGCUCGAGGUCCGGCCAUAUCAUCAAUGAAAUGGCCGUCCAGACGGCACUCAAGAAGGCUGAAACGCCCCAAACGGUCGUCCAUACGGCACCGAAAAAGGCUGAAACGCCCC